AUCAAUCUGGCAACUCUGCUGUGCCGGAAUGUCAAUCAAAUGAAAACAAAAAAGACAAGCGUGAAAAAAACCAAGAAGAACGGCCUGCCGAAUAAAUGUUGAAUAUCGAUGCGGUGAACGGGAGCCUGAAAAUGGAGGCCGACAGCAUAGGACAGCCGAUAGCAGUGAGCGACAGACGGCCGGGCAUGGAGACGCACUUUAUGGCCAAAAUGGGGAAGUGGAUGACCCCGGAGGAGGAGGCGCGACAAAAGUUCAUCAUGCGGGAGCGCGACCGCGAAAGAAAGCGAAUCAAGCGACUGAAUCCAGAGUUCCGGCAGAUGGAGCGGGAACGGGAUCGGUUCCGAAAGCAGACGCCCCGGCCCAGUGUAGUUAUCCAAAAUCCGAUUGCCCCCGACUGUCAUCUCCGACCUUCCUCUUGUCUUGAACCUACGGAAAUCCCGGAGGGCAAGUUAAACCUAAGCUCUGGAGCAUUCGGGCUGAUGUCCCCCGAGGAGGAGGCGCGCCACAAGUUCAUCAUGCGGGAGCGAGAUCGCGAGCGGAAGAGGAUAAAGCGCCUCAAUCCCGAGUACCGGCGCAUGGAGCGAGAGCGCGAUCGAUUCCGCAAGAAGGCACGACGUGCUAACCUGACCCCCGAGGAGGAGCUGAGGCUGAAGAUGCUCCAGCGGGAGCGGGACCGAGAGAGGAAGCGGGUGAAGCGUCUGAAUCCCGAGUACCGGAGGCUCGAGCAGGAGCGCGACAGAGACAGGAAGAAGGCCCGGAGGGCCAACGAAGCCUUCAGGCAGCUGGAGAAGCUGCGGGACAAGAUCAGGAAGGACCGCAAGAAGGGACUUCUCGUGACGGACCCGGGACAGCUGCCGCCGGAGUUUGCGGCGAUGAUACCGCCAGUGCCUAUGGUGAAGCCCGAGGUGGGAGUGCCGCCCACGCAACCACUGCCACAGCCCACGCAACAGCAGCAGCAGCAGGUGCAGCAGUUGCAGCAGCAAGUGCAACAGUUGCAACAGCAGCAGCAACAGUUGCUGCAGCAACAACAGCAGCAGCAACAACAACAACAGCAGCAGCAUCAGCCUCAGCAGCAACAACAACGACCACCGCCUACGCAUCUGCACGAGCAGCAGCUGAGUCAUCAACUGGCCCACCAACGGAACCGGGUGAUGACUUCCAGUACGCUCUCUCAGCUGGCCUCGCCACCCGCCCACGCGUCGCACCUGCAGCAGCUCAACAAGCUGCAGCAGCUGUAUCCGCCCAGAAGCUUCGGUCAUCCCGCGCUGCCCAUUACGGGGGUGACGCUGAUGCCGCAGCUGUGCCACCCGAUCCUCCACCAGAACCUCAGUGCCACCCUCUACGGAGGACCACCUCCCAACGGAAUCAAGCAGGAGUACGGCCAGGAAGUGUCCGCCUCGGCCAUGGCGGCGGCGCAGGCGGCAGCUCUGGCCUCCCUGAGAAAUCCACAGCAGCAACCAUCGCAGGAGGACGCCGAUCUGGCUCUGAACCUCGAGCCCGAAAUCAUUCUCCAAACUGCGCCCGAUGUCAGUCCCGCCCAGCAGCAGCCCCAGCAUCACUUCAGUGCCCACCAACAUCAGCAGCAACAGCAGCAGCAGCACCACCUGCAACAGCAGCAGCACUGCAACAUGUUCCAGCACAUGGCGCCGCAGGCGCACAUGCAGCACAUGCGAUCCACAGUCCUGCCGCCGCCGCCCUCGGUCGGGCUGCCACCCCUGCCGCCCCCGCCACCUGCCUCGCACCAGCAGCAGCAACCUCAAGCAGCGCCGCCGCCACAGCUCCAACAUGCGCCGCAGUGAGGGGGCACCUCUCGCCUUUAGUCCUAAGCUCAACUCUCUAGCCAGCUAAUUGCAUCUAUAGUUUGGGGCACACAUGCCGGGAGUUGUGACCGCUUGAGCUACAAUAACGUUAAGUCCUUGAUUUCUUUUCUAAUUUUAACUUCAAGUAUUUUUUUUAAUUUUAUGCAAUCGAGUUUAGAACUCACUGAGAUUAAUGAGUAUCAGAUAUUUUUUUAGAGAAAGGCGCUUUGCAAUUGAAGGAUUUUUGAAAUUUAAUAUUAUUGUGAUAAAAAGGAAACAAUUGCAAUGGCAGGACUUUCAGGACUUGAGUCUAGUUCUUUGUAGCCCACAACUCCCAAGGAUGUGUGCCAGCCUCUCAUACGCACACACUCGCACCUUCGCACCCAACACACUCAUCCAUUCACACAUACAGAGCGUAUGUGUCUGUAUUUAAAUGUAUUUGUUAAGUAGGCGCCAUUUGUAAAAUGCCGUACACACGUAUUACGUUAGUUUAGUGGGCUUCCCGGUCAUGUGUUUAUAUGUUUUUUUUAAGCGUCGCCGUUGUUUUCAGCAUUUCUCUGUUUUUUAGGUCUGUACGUAUUUUGUUUAGUCGCUAAGUGAUAGAGAUACAAUACUUGCAGUUUUAGGACACGAUAUACACUACGAAAUAGCGAUAACUGUAUACCUACCUAUAUGAUAUGAUAACGUAAGGCAGUCGCAAAUAAUUAAUACGAAUUUAUGCGCAAACAUGAGCGAAAUAUAAGUAGCAAGAACUUGCUAAAAUGUGAA